CAGCAAGUGUGUAGCGGAAGUCGUUGGUAGUGAAUUCUUUCGUUCGUGUCAGUGCACGUCUGAACGAGAAGACAUAACCUAGAGGGCGCACAUCUCUCAAGAGCUUCUGCUUGUUCGUUUCUCGUUUUGUUUUUGUCUUUUCCGUUGUAUUAAGAAGUUGAAUAGCUCCUUUGUAUACAAAGCAUCUUAUUAUGAUAAGUUUGGUCAGCGAAAGAAACUAGCUAUACCCAGUUGGGAAGUCAUUGGUAUUUAAAAAAGUAAUAUCCGUUGUCGGCUUAUAAAAUAUGCUGGGUUCUGACUUACUAAAGACGAAGUAAGGAGUCUUUCGAGUUUUAGUGAAUUACAGAAAGGUUAACAUGGGUUUGGAAAAGAAGCAGAUAUUGGGCCAGUUAUUCCCUGUUGUACUGCUGUUCUUGAUAUAUUAUUUCUACUUAGCGUCUGCUGUAAACGCAGGUAACUUAGCUUGUUCUUUUGUUAAGUAUGCCUAUUCAGCGAAAGGAUUCGACGACAACGAUGUACCAGGAAAAGCUAUAUUUGGCCACCAUCUUCGUAUCUGUGAACAGGGGAUGACUUGUUGCACAGAAGAAAUGGAGCACAAGCUGAAUAACCAUAGUGAGGCAGAAUUUGCUAGGCUUCUUCAAGAAUCAGUCAUUGGUUUAAAAAACAUGUUAUCUUCCAAAACUCAGCAAUUUGACGAGUUCUUUCAAGAACUUAUGGACAAAUCUCAGAAGGAUUUUGAUGACAUGUUUUCCCGAACAUAUGGUUUGUUGUACAAACGAAAUGCGUUCAUUUUUGAAAGUCUGUUUGAUGAUCUGAGGAAGUACUAUCUAUCGGGUGGAGUGGAUUUGACAGAUGCUCUGGAAGAAUUUUUUAACAGACUUUACUUGAAAAUAUUUGAGGUUCUUAAUGCUGAGUAUCAAUUCGAUAAAGUGUAUCUCAACUGCAUCCGGGACCUGAUGGACGACCUAAAGCCGUUUGGAGAUGUACCUAGAAAGUUAACUGCUGAAAUUAAACGUUCGUUCAUAGCCACCCGUACUUUUGUUCAAGCUCUUACAGUUGGGCGAGAUGUCGUACGGCACGUUUUAGAGGUGACACCGAGCCAGCAGUGCAGUCGGGCGCUUAUGAAGAUGACCUAUUGCCCUCACUGUCAUGGCCUGCCUGACUUGAAACCGUGUGGAAACUAUUGUCUCAACGUUAUGAAGGGUUGCUUGGCUUACCACGCUGAACUUGACAGAGAAUGGAACAAUUACAUCGAUGCUCUUCUCAUGUUAGCUCAUCGCCUUGAGUCUUCCUUCAGCAUCGAAGCUGUUGUAGAACCAAUCGAAAUUAGGGUGUCAGACGCCAUUAUGACUUUCCAGGAGAAUAAUCUCAUCAUUUCAUCGAAGUUAUUUCAAAAUUGUGGAAAGCCAAGACUACAGAAAAGAGAUCUUACUGGCGAGAUUGAGUUCCGUUCAUUUAACUUUGGCACUCGCUUACCGGUGUUCCAUCCGACCAAAAGUGGAUUCGAGCGGCUUGUCGAUGACACCAAGAAAAAACUCAAGAAGACUAAAAACUUUUGGUCACAGUUGGCGAAUGAACUAUGUAAUCAUCCCGAAGUGGUAGGGGACAGGAAGAUACGGGACGACCCUAACAGCUGUUGGAAUGGUCUAACAAAAGCAAGGUAUGAUGCAACUCUAGUAGGAGAUGGCCUUAGUAGCCAGAAAGACAACCCAGAAGUGAUGCUGGACGUCACUACACAGAAUGUCAUCAUUAGUCAACAGAUGUUAACAUUACAACUCAUUAAUAGCAAGUUGAAUGAUGCCUACAAUGGCCAGGUUGUGAAAUGGCCAGACACUGAGAGUAUUGCCAGUGGUAGUGGUAGCGGUAGCGAUAGUGGUAGUGGAGACUUUUGGUACACCCCAGAUGAAGAAUUAGAGAGUAGUGCCAGUGGUAGCGGUAGCGGUAGUGGUAGUGGAGACGUUUGGUACACUCCAAAAGAAAAUGAAGAAGAGUUCGGGGAUAUAUAUUUCAGUUCGUCCACACCCAAAGACCUUCCCGUCACUCAAAGACCACAGGAACCCACGAAGUUGCCAUCAACAGCUUCUAAAGUUUCACAUAGUUUAAUUGUGGUACUUAUUGCCAAACUUAUAGUGUACGGUAUUACCACUUUGUGGUAAAGAUUAUAAAACUGCCUCGGUAAUGAGGGUCUCUAGAAAGUAUAAAAACUGACAAAUAAAAUAAUUUUGUCGUUUCUUCAUCUUUUUUAUGACAGUGAGAGAUAUUCCUUUUAGGAAUGAGUAGUGAAUGUUUAUAUGAAGAAAUUCAGAUGCAUUCUACAGUGAAUCUUAAGUUUUUUUUUAUAUGCCAUUAGAUGUCACAAAUUAAUCACAAUGGUGUUCUGAUCUUUCAUAAUUACCUGUGGUAAGUAUCAGAUGUUAAAGUAACAGUUAAAGGACAGAAACAUUUUAUAGAUCACUAACAAAAAGGUAGGAUACAAAACAGGAAACUUGCUUAAUAGCCUUUAAAAAACAUACAGAUGGGCAGUAAUGUAAAGUUUUGCCCCAUUUAAGACAUUUGAUUGAUUGUUGUUUCGUUGACUUUCGCGCAAGGCUACCAGAGGGCAAUCUGUGCUAAUCGUAUUUAGUUUUGAGAUGUGAGGACUAGAGGAAAAGGCAGUUACUCAACACCACCUUGCAUCAGCCCGUGGGAUACUCUAAUCGAAUAGUGGGAUUUGACUGUCACUCUAAUAACGUACCAACGGCCAUAAAGUACGGAGCAUAAAUUGUUUUGUUCCGGCGGUAACGGGGCGCAAACCACGGAUCUACAGAAUGGCACACUAACCGCUGGGCCACGCUCCAGAAUCCAACAGUGUUACUGUUAAUUAUAAUUCAUUUACAAAUCAUUAUUUACUAUAUUUAAGUGACGCUAAAAAAAAUAAACAUUCAUCAUUACAUUGAUACAUAUUUGAGGUAUUUAGUAGUCGAGACUCAACUUUUUGAAAUUAAAAUAGGUCUAACGUAAAAGUAGCUCUAAGAUUUUGUGUUUAAUAGGAUUUUCAUUUUUGAUUUAUCAUAUCUCGUGAUGAUUUUACUCUCAUAUCAUUUCAUUCUGUUCUCGUGAAGCUCACAUAAUAUAAAAAUUUUCUUAUGAGCAGUAAAUUACUUAUACGUCUAAGAAAAAAUCUAUUUAGUUCCUAUCGAUCACUCAGUAUCCACUCAGCGGGUAAGCGGUACGUCUACAAAUCCACAACGCUAAAAUCCGCUUGUCAGUGGGUAAGCGGUACGUCUACAAAUUCACAACGCUAAAAUCCGCUUGUCAGUCGGUAAGCGGUAGGUCUACAAAUUCGCAACGCUAAAAUCCGCUUGAAUCUCCGUGUUAGUCAGAGCGCAGAUAGCCUAUUGUGUUGCUUUGUGCCAAAACAAACAAACAAUCGGCCAUUAACGGUUCUUUAGGAUAUACAGACCACACAAAACUGUAAAAUGAACUAAGAUUGAUAGUUUAAACAUCAAAAUAUUUCUUAUAGAGAAUUAAACCCGAACUAAACGAACAAGUACAUUUUUCUUUUUAAAUCUUGUUAUUAAGUAAUAUUAUUUCAAAUAGUUCUCUAAAUUGUUUGUCU